UAUCACUCUGGUGUCCAACCACACAGCUAAAGCACAAUCCAAAACAGAAACCAAAAAAGAAUCCUGCAAAUAUGAAGAACGCCGUUGCCAUUCUACUGUGCGCCUUGAUUGGCCUGGCAUCUGCUGCCGAGUACAAGCUGCGCACCGCCGAGGAUCUGCAGAAGGUGCGCAAGGAGUGCGCCGAGGCCAACAAGGUGACCGAAGCCCUCAUUGCCAAAUACAAGGGCUUCGAGUAUCCCGACGAUGAGAUCACACGCAACUACAUCAAGUGCAUCUUCAACAAAUUCGAUCUGUUCGAUGACACCAAGGGCUUCAAGGUCGACAACCUGGUCGCCCAGCUGGGCCAGGGACGCGAGGACAAGACCCAACUGAAGGCCGAUGUGGAGAAGUGCGCCGAUAAGAACGAACAGAAGUCGCCGGCCAGCGCCUGGGCCUAUCGCGGCUUCAAGUGCUUCCUCAGCAAGAACCUGCCCCUGGUGCAGGCCGCCAUCCAGAAGAAGAACUAAACAUUCCGCAAUCAAUGCAACGGCGCCGCCACCGCCAUCGCCAGGAGGCGGCGCAUCCCGUCAUGCAAUCGCCGCCAGCAAUCCAAAUGUUGCGCGUGCACCACUAAAACUUUUUGUGCUAUUUGCUGCAUUUUCUUUAAAA